AUGUCAGGCUACUGCAAAACAUGCAAUGUCUUUGCAUAUGCAACAAGAGGUCUUGCAACUGCCUCCAAAGUCCGACCUCCCCGUCCGUCUUACCUGAACACUAAAUUCAAACGAGGGCCGUUACCUCAACUCGGGCGAAAAGCACCUGAACACGAAUCUCUUCCCAACUUGCUGCAGAAGCUUACAACACUAAAAGCAGAUGGACUUAGACCUAGACCGGAAGCAUACGUGGCGAUAAUCAGAGCAGCGGGUGAUUUUGCCUUGAGCAGGAGUGUUGAAGGGGAAGAAUCGGAUAAUCUGGGCUGGCAAAUAGCGCUAUCUGCGUGGAAUGACGCACAGCAGGGAAAGGUCGAUCUGGGAAUAGAAGGAAUGGAAGUUCUGCUGAGAUUGUCGGGUGUGGAAACGGCUUGGGCAAGAGUCAAGUCCAGCUAUGUUCCAGAUGAAGGUCUCAUAUUAUCCAUGCUCAAUGCUGCUGGUCGAUGGGGUCGACCUGAUUUCGCUUCGACUAUCCUUGAAUCUCUUCGUAUACCUCCCCAGGAACAACAUCUGGCACCUCUCCUCGAGGCAUUUUGUAACGCUGGUCAAGUACCUGAUGCCUUCCGUGUGCUCUCCUCAAUUAGAGAUGCCGGACUUACUCCAACUAUGGCUACUGUACAACCGCUCGUCUCCGUUCUCACCAACGCGGAAGUCAUAGAUCAAGCGUUCUACGCCUUAGAAGACAUGCACAAAGCUGGCGAAUCUGUUGAUAUCACCGCACUCAACGCUCUCAUCGACGCGUCGGCUAGACUCGGUGACUUGCAACGGGCUCGAGCGACUCAGACCGCUGCCACCGACCUCGGUCUCACCCCUAACAUUGAUACCUUCAACCUCGUUUUAUCUUGUUGUGCGGUCACAAAGCAUCGAGCCCUUGGCGACACAAUACUGAACGAGCUGGUCUCCCUGUCAAUUUCCCCCAGCGCUACUACUUAUGAACAUAUGAUCAAUUUAUGCCUCACCCAAUCCAAAUAUGAAGACGCUUUUUACUAUCUGGAAAAAUCAAAGUCGGAUAAUUUCAAACCGUCUUACGCGUUAUACAACUCACUCGUACGCAAAUGUAUCAGCCUCAACGAUUCCAGAUGGCGUCUUGUUGUUGAAGAAUUGAAAACGGUUGGGUACCGGGUGGACAACGAACUGCACGAAUUCAUCAACUCUGGUGGAAAGCCUCGCACGAGAGAAGACCGGGGAGGGCGAAGAAGGGACGAUAAACUCAGAGGAAGCUCAAGGUCAUCGAAAGAGUAG